GGGGCGGGGAUGCUGGGGCCGAGCCGAGGAGGCGGGACAGCCCCGGGGAGGCCGAGGCGCGGAGCGGGAGCCUCUGCCCGCCGGCAUGUCGGGCUCGGAGCGGCGGGCGGGCCACGUCCAGUUGGAUAGCAGACCUACAUUAAACACCACAGAUGGAAAUCAGAACAUCACAGAAGUAGAUGCAUUUGAUAUAAGACAAACACUUGAUCCUGCAUUGCAGUACAAAAUGAACCAUCAAAGAAGAGGAGUUGCAUUAAUCUUCAAUCACGAGCACUUUUUUUGGCAUUUGAGGCUGCCAGACAGACGUGGGACUCUUGCAGACAGAAACAAUCUGAAGCGCAGUUUGACAGACCUUGGAUUUGAAGUCAGACAUUUUGAUGAUCUGAAAGCAGAAGAUGUGCUGCAGAAAAUUUAUGAAGCUUCUAAGGAUGACCACAGCAAUGCUGACUGCUUUGUAUGUGUGUUCCUGAGUCAUGGUGAGAGUGAUCACGUUUAUGCAUACGAUGCCCAAAUCAAAAUUGAGACAAUCACAGACAUGUUCAGAGGAGACAAAUGUCAGAGCCUGGUAGGAAAACCGAAGAUAUUUAUCAUUCAGGCAUGUCGAGGUGAUAAACAUGAUGAUCCAGUUAUUGUUCAGGAUUCAACAGAUGGUAGUAAUGAAUCCAUUGUCAAUGAGACUGAAGUGGAUGCAGCUGGUGUCUAUACCUUGCCUGCUGGUGCAGACUUUAUCAUGUGCUACUCCGUGGCACAAGGUUACUUUUCUCAUCGUGAAACUGUAAAUGGCUCCUGGUACAUUCAAGAUUUGUGUGAGGCACUCAGGAAGCACGGCUCUACCUUGGAGUUCACUGAACUUCUUACUGUCGUUAACAGGAAAGUAUCUCAUCGCAAAGUGGAUAUGUGCAGAGACAUUAAUGCUAUAGGAAAAAAACAGAUUCCUUGUUUUGCCUCAAUGUUAACUAAAAAAUUGUAUUUUCAUCCAAAAUCUAAGUAGAUUGUUACUUAGCAAUGACAACCAUUAACUAAUAUUCAGAAGUGAAAAGCUCACCAUCUGAGUUCAGGAGAUAAUUAUUCUACAAGAUUGUUUCCAAAAACACUGGGAUCAAACGUUAUAGUUUGUAUAGAUAAUAGUUUCUAAAAUCCUUAAGCAAUUUUAAAACUAGUAUCGUAGGUCUGUUCCUCUCAGGGAAUUUGGGAAGUCGACUGGUGCAAAACUAUUAAGUGGUGCUCAGAUUUUAUUGAAAUUAGUACUCUAGAUUACUUUUUUCUUACAAGUUUUUGCUUGAUUUCCAUCUAACUAUGGCACACUUUACUAUUUCCAAAACAUUUCAAAUGUUGCAUUAGAUUAGUUUUAUUUUCUCCAAGAGCAUAGUUUACGAGGAGUGUGUGUUUAUAGGGUCAUCUUUUCAUACCCAUGCACAGCGGUAUCCAGCUUCCAAUUUUUAUAAAUUUAUUGAGCUUUUUAGACUUUUUAUUUUCUCUCAACACUAAAAAGGAACUUAAUUCCUUAAGUAUACUUGUAGAAUUAAUAUAGAAAAGGGGCUUCUUUUUGCUUGCAAAUCAUUUACAUUUUGGGCACAAAUUAAGCUCACUGGUGCUUUAUAUUCUCAGGAGAAAAGCUGGCAGAUUAGAUGACAUACAGCUUGCUUAGCAUGAUUUGGGUAAGCUCGCCUUGUAACACAUCUCUAAAGCUAAAACAAAUCAUUUCAGGGUUCUAGGCUGACUUACAACUGCUGGACAUCUUAGGUAGCUAUGCAAAAUACAACAUACGCACACCUUCAUACUUCAGGCCUUUGUGUUGGAUCAGCCCCUUGGCCCCAGCAGAGAUGAGCCAUACACUGUCAUUGUGUACAUAUGAGAGAUAGUGCAUUUGUCACCUGUGUUUCACCAUAGGAUUGUUUCUACUGCAGCAUUAGCAAUUUCAAUGAUACUUACUAGAAGUGACUUUUUUAUUAUUUUUUACAUUAUUGGUACGCAUGCUUAACUCUGGGGGAUAAUGGAGAAGUCAAGCUGAGAAAGGUGUCUUAAUCCACUUUUCUGAGUAUGAAAUAAUUGGUUUACUGGCUCUGCUUUAGUUAAACCUUUCCAUAUACUCCAUUCUAAGUCAUAGAUGUUAAUUCAUAGAAUCAUAGAAUAGUUUGGGUUGGAAGGGGCCUUAAAGAUGAUCUAGUUCCAACCCCCCUGCCAUGGGCAGGGACACCUCCCAUUAGAUCAGGCUGCCCAAAUCUUACUAUGUUAAAUUCUACUGUGGCUACUUUUUAAGCUCUGUAUAAAUCAUGUAUGUUUGAAUGUUUUGAUAAAUUCUUUCAAUAAAACAGCGAAAAAUA